CAUAGCGAUGGAAACCGCGGAAAGCUGCCUGCGCAUGUCAAGACUAGCAACACACUCAGCCAGGGGGCGGCCCUGGAGAGGGGCGGCUCGAUCACCCAAUCACCUAGCGUCGAGGCUCCGCAGGCUCCAGGGGCGCGCUCCACGGAAGGGGUUCCCUCCCUCUGCACACCCUCCACCUCUGAGAUAGCCGGCCCUACCGGAGCUCCCGCCUCUUUUCCUACCCCUUGAGGACCUCCCCUGGCACCGGGGCCCCUGUGUACAAGACUGAAGUGGAACGAAUUCUGUAGCCUAGACGACGGCUGAAGUCGGGGCACGCCCAGCUGUAGAAGCCUGCCCCGCCGAAGGAGACUGAGCUCCUAAGUCUCGGGAGAUUGAAAUCGGAGUGUCGCCGUCCCUAGGAGAGCUUCAGAAACCGGAAAGAUGCCUGCCUUCAACAGAUUGCUUCCCCUUGCUUCUCUCGUGCUCAUCUACUGGGUCAGAGUCUGCUUCCCUGUGUGUGUGGAAGUACCCUCGGAGACAGAAGCCGUGCAGGGCAAUUCCAUGAAGCUGCGAUGCAUCUCCUGCAUGAAGAGGGAAGAGGUGGAGGCCACCACUGUGGUGGAGUGGUUCUACAGGCCUGAGGGCGGUAAAGAUUUCCUUAUCUAUGAGUAUCGAAAUGGCCAUCAGGAGGUGGAGAGCCCCUUCCAAGGUCGUCUUCAGUGGAAUGGGAGCAAAGACCUGCAGGAUGUGUCCAUCACUGUGCUCAAUGUCACUCUGAAUGACUCUGGCCUCUACACAUGCAACGUGUCCAGGGAAUUUGAAUUUGAGGCACACAGGCCUUUUGUGAAGACCACGAGACUAAUACCCCUGCGGGUCACUGAAGAGGAGGGAGAAGACUUCACCUCCGUGGUCUCGGAAAUCAUGAUGUAUAUCCUCCUGGUCUUCCUCACCUUGUGGCUGUUCAUCGAGAUGAUCUACUGCUACCGAAAGGUCUCCAAGGCCGAAGAGGCAGCCCAGGAAAAUGCGUCUGACUACCUUGCUAUCCCUUCAGAGAACAAGGAGAACUCUGUGGUACCCGUGGAGGAAUAAUGUGAUGUGAUUUGAGGUGAUCUGAGCACUGAGAGACUGGAUAUCCUCAGUUCAGUGAUGUCAGCUGCAUCAGGAAGUGCCCCAGGAGUCCCAAAGCACCCAUCUUUCUGUUCGUCUUUCACCCAACCAACUGUGAGAUUUCUACCUGACUUCCCAACUCUGUCAGAACUCUACACAUCUUGACCUUGCCUGAACUGAAGAGCCAACAUCUCUACAAGGACUAAACCUCAUCCUGUCCUUGCUUUCAACCAAGCAGCUCCCAGUUUAACUACAGUUGUCCCCUUACGCUCCAAAUAACUUUAAAUACUGGAGAGUAAUAUUCCCUCUGCCCUAACUGUCUGCAAUUGGGUUGUUCUUCACUGCUUUAACAGGAUAGCUGUAUACCAGAAGGAAGCCCUGGUUAGUUGGUGUGAAAGCCAAAGCAUGCCGUGCACUUUGAUUCAUUGAAGUCAAGUUUUUGUAAGUCCAUGGACCUGCUUCUCAGAGCACCAGAAAGCAGCAUGCCCCUAGAGUUUCCGUGUGCACUUGGGAUGCUUUCUGGAGCUCAUUGUUUUGGGGCUACAUCUCCAUAAUCCCAAAGGCCUGGAGCAAACCCAAACUUCCAAUAAGUCAAGGAAUGAUCCAGGACAAUUUUAGUACAUCUUGAAAUGGAUACAACAUACUCCUGAUAUUGAAAACAUGGAUGACUGUCCUUUCUGGAUUGAAAUUCCUCCGUUCUUCUUUUUUCAAUGUCUAUGGAUCAGUAUUAUUCCUCAUUUUACAGGAGGCAGCUGAGACUCACACAGGACUGAAUGGGACAUGUAGGGGAUUAAACUGGACUAGAGAUGAGAUUGCCAUGCUGCCAACCUCACGAUCUCUGUGAUGAAAGAUGUUUUUGAAGACUCUGAUAUUCAGUUUGGCUACAGCCAUGCCACUUGCCCAGCAGAGGCUAACUAUGAUAGACUCCAGGAACUGGAAACCAGGCAAGAAAACACAGAUGGCAUGAGAUAGACCUGCAGAAUUUCACAUAAAGAUUUGUGAAUUUGAAGCAUCCUCCAGAAGAGACAGAACCUGAGAGCAACAUCUAUAUGAAAAAAAAAAUGGUUUUAGUCUGAGAUGGAUGAUGAACGAAGUGACAGAAAUGGGUGUGUAGCUUCUAAUUACCUCACCUGUAUAUCUGUAAUGUUUGGGUAUCUGGUGUUUGAAGAGCCCCACUCCCACCUCCAGGAAACAUAGGAACAGUGAGAACAUGUUUAGUCAAUAUCUCAUUUUAAUGAUUGUUCUAAGUGCAAUAUUCUUUAGCCCCUAUAGACAGCAAGGGCAAAAGGCCUUAUGGUGUAUAAAAAGAUGAAAGUGAGAUUCAAUAAGAGAAAUGUCCACAGAUCUGGGAGAUCUGUAAAAGAGACCAUUCUCUGCUCCCACUGGGCUUUGUAGGACAAGCUCACUUUUCACCCCUCCCAUCACUGGGGCAUACUUGAAACAAGACCCUCAACAUAUAUGAAAGAGUCUAAUUUUGUUGCAGAAAAUUUUGCAAUAAAUUCAAGACCCUUCUUCUCAUCAGUUAAUUUUCCACCCCAUACUUCUGAAAUAAAAGAGCUAACAGACUUUUUUUUUUUUUUACAACUAGGAAAAUAGACUUGAAUUAAUGCCACAGGCUAGUUGUUGGCAGCAAACCUUUCUGUGAAAGGCAGUCAUUUGAAAGGCAGUCAUUUCCUCCAUCAUACUUUCUGCUUGACCAUGCAUCUAAUUCGUGACUAGGUAGUACGUGUAACUGCCUUUCCUGUUCCUAAAAAGAAUUUCAACCUGUAUACCAGAAUUCUGAGUGUUUAUAAUGAAGCUGAAUGAUCCCAAUCAUGUGUCCCUUACAAGACAGUUCCUCUUCUCUGUUCCCUUUUUCUAAAAUCUCAGUUCUUCUCGUUCUUGGUUCCUUCAUUACACCUAUAGAGCUUGAAAGGCAUUUUGACUCUGAUUCUUUCGUCUCUCCUCUACAAGUGCUCCAGUGAUAUGAAUGCUAUUAAUAUUCAGUGUUACAAUGAAGAAACGGGGGUCCUCUGACAUAAAAAAGCUUUACCAAAUCACCAGGUCACAGAGCCUGCUGUACUCAGAGAGCUAGAAUCCUGGUCUUCCCACUCCAUCUCACUUCGCUUCCCAGUUUUACCACUUAACCAGCUUUCUUCCCUCGCCCUCCACGCCUCAUCUUUUUUCCCCUUGCUCCUGUCCAGCUCUUUUCUUCACUGUCCCCUAAGCUUCUUAUUCUUCAGCUUCUUUACCCUUUCCUUCUUUGUGGAUGCUAGACACAUGCUUUGGGAGUCCAUCCCACUCUAUUUUUGUCUAGUUUGUAAGUACGUGGUUUAUCCAGAAUCACAAUUGAACUUCCUUAUGGAAGAUCAUGGUCAUAGCCUACAAGGUGCGGCACUCACCAGCUUACUUAAAAUGUUCACCAUUUCCAUUUCUUCCCAUAUUUUGACUUAGAGUCCCAGACUAGACGUGUGCAGCUCUGGAGCAUUUUCUGGUGUGCUAUUCCUGACUAAAGGGCUUAGAAGAGUUCUCAAGGGCUAUAAUCAUUUAGAAACCCCAUCGUUUGUCUUGGUGCUGGGUAUUUCCCAUGGCUGAUCCUCAAUAAUUUACCGAAGGUCAAACUAGGCUAAGUCUGGUUUUCCCUUUCUUACUGCUUAACAGCUGUGACCUUGGUUACUCAACUCAGUUGGUCAAGAACGCAUCUUGCCCUGUUGACUUUUCCUGUCAGCUAGGUCUUGUAUCAAGCCCUAAUCCCUAAGUGGAAAUACUCAGUGCUUGUUUCUAUCUCAAGCUUCACCUUCAGUCUGUUUAUGCAUUGCUCUUUGGUUUCCCCACCCUCAAAUAGCUGCACAUACAAGCAUUCUUUUGAGUUCCUUGGUACACUCUAGACAUCAAACUAGAGUUACAAGUAAAAAUGGAAGUUUUCAGAGCAAGAUUAUGCUAAGCAAGACAGCAGUGAGGUGAAGAAAAGGAGACAGGGCUCAGGCAAUAGCUCAGUGGGUCAAGUGCUUGCCACACAAACAUGAGAGCCUGAGUGUGAUCUCCAGAAUCCACAGGGGCAGCCAGGCAUUGCAACACACACUGGUAAUCCCAGGGUGAGGAGGCAGAGACAGGAAGAUCUGUGGGCCUCGGGGCUUCACUAACCAGGUCACCUGGCCUAGAUGUCUUGGCAAGCUCCAGGUGAGUGUGAGACCCCAUCUCAACAAACAAAAUCCCAACAAGGUGGAUGGUGCCUUAGGAAUGACACCUAAGGUUGACUUCUGGCACACAAGAUCAAUAUGCAUACUACAUAAACGUGAACACACAGAGAGACAGAGAGAGAAUCCUUCUUCCUCUCAUGUCUGUCUUAUAAGAAACCCCUAGUUGUGUGGAUUCAGUGGCUGAAAAUGUAUCUAACUGUGACCUCGGUGUGCUUGCUUACCGGGCUCAUCAUCUACCCACUACACUGUUCAGCACUCUCUCUGUGUCAAGUACCAGAUUGGUACCAGGCUCUAAAUAGACCCCAUGAUCUUAGGUCUAUACAAGUCUGCAUGCGUGUGUGUCUGUGUGUGCAUACACUCGGGCACAGGCACGUGAUUCCAAUAAAAAUCUCUGUUCAUGUCAUGUCUCCGAAGACCACUUGCUCUCGGUUUGCUCUGCUUACAGCUUGUGGCUGCUGCCCACCCUGGCUCCUGCUAGCACACAGUCUGCCCGACUUCUGGCACCCAAGAAACUAACCUCAGAGAAUAAACAGUACUCAAAAGUCUAAAACGAAACAUGCUAGAUGUGGGAUCCAGCCUUUCAGUCUUUCCUUUUUCUCCUCUACACAAAUACAAAAGAAUGCAAGAGAAGCGCUUUCUUGCUCAGCAUCACACAUUUCCUAACCAGGUGGGGAGAUGCUAACUGAAGGGAAGAUCUAACGUAAUGAAGGCCCAGGUGGCUUCACUGUAGAGAGCAUAAGGGCAAAGCUGUCUUUCAGUUAUCUAGCCUCCUAAAGGGGCCAAGAGCCUCUAAAGGGGAAAGCAUAGCAAGAAACAAGUGAGGAUUCAGUACACCACAGUUGUUGUGUAUUGGGGGGAGGGGUUGGAGACCCCUGAACCCCUGGUUUUCCCCUGUAACCAUGGCUGCCCUGGAACUUGAUCUGUACACCAGGCUAACCUCAGAACUCAGAGAUCCCCCUGCCUCUCAAGGGCUGGGUGUAACAGCGUGCACCACCACACCUGGCUCUACCGAACUCUUACAACAAUGCUGAUUAAGACUGAAAAUGGGGCUAGAGAGAUGGCUUAGUGGUUAAGGGUGUUUGUGGCUCUUCCAGAAGACCCCAGUUUAACUCCCAGUACCCAUGUCACUUGGCUCCCAAUCACCUGUAACUCCAGCUCCUGCGGAUCUGAUACCCUUUUAGGCCAAUGAAGGCACCUGUACUUACAAGCACACAAACCUGGACAUAAUACACACAAUUAAAAAUAAAUCUUUUAAAAAUA